GAAGGGGCCUUCCACACACUAGUUUCCAAAGGGACGGCCAGUGGCUCACGUAGGGCACGGGCGUGUUGCUGAGCCCUGUUGAGGUUCGGUCACUGUUGUGGAUGAAGUGAGAACUCUACGCCGCGGGAGCGGAGCGCACAGUGGUGGUAACCAGCGUGGCUGGCUUAGCUGAAAGCGGCUCCCGCCCACACUUGGCCGGGCCCAGAGGUGACUCAAACUUUGAUCCUUCCUUGCGCCAUGCUAGCCGUUUGGAUAAGUCUAGACUUGCAAAGCCCCCAGAGUGGGAGGGGCUCCAUCCUGUCCGAGCUUUUGAUCCUGGGUGGCAGAGAUAAGUCAGACACUCUUUUUCCCCCAACCCUCCACCCCAAUUUGUAAUCUAAAAACUUUGGUCACUACUACCUCGUCCUGGGUGUGGGUGGGAGACAAACUUGGGAUAGGCAAUGAUGGCCACUUUCCUUUUCGUUUCUAGUCCUUCCUUAUGAAAGGGGGAGUGUGUACGGUCUCUGUACUCUCUCCUGAUUACCAGAGAUUGCAGAGCCUGGAAACAAUUGUGUUCCUAAGCAUUAAUUUGUUCCUAGGAAGGCUGGAAUGCAGCAGCCUGGAUUUCUUGAGUCCACAGGGCUUCCACCUACCUUGUUCCACUGACCCGUGUAAAGGCAAAAGCUGGUGUUGCUUAUCUUUUAAAUGACAGACUGGGCAAGGGAUUGAAUCCAGACCAAUCUUCUUUUUAAUUGUGACUUCUGGCUCAAUGCAGAGACAAUGUACUUGACUGAGUUCCCCAUCCUUUCUCAGGGCUCUGAGUCUGGGAAUUGGAGAUACUUCCUGAAGACCGCUGGGCCCACUCCGGAAGUACCCUUCCAAAGCAAAUGCUAAGACAGACAGACAGGUUCCAUAGGAGCAGGCCUGGUUGAGCAGCAAAGGUGAAUGAAGUCCCCAACUCCUCACUUGCACUGUGAAGUCCUCUCUGGUAUACCUGGGUCUCCAGCAGCCUCUGAGCUUCAAAUCAGCGGUUAUAGUAAAAGCAGCCAAGCGACUGUCUGGUCUAACAGAUUGCAUGUGUCACCAUGUUGUGCUCCCUGGUCUUGCUGCUGCUGGCCAUGGGCAGAGUGCAGACAACUCGGCCAUGUUUCCCUGGCUGCCAGUGUGAAGAAGAGACGUUCGGCCUCUUUGACAGUUUCAGCUUGAUCCGAGUGGACUGCAGCAGCCUGGGCCCCCACAUUGUGCCUGUGCCCAUCCCUCUGGACACAGCCCACCUGGACCUGUCUUCCAACCGGCUGGAAACUGUGAACGAGUCAGUCCUGGCAGGGCCAGGCUAUACCACACUGGCUGGCCUGGAUCUCAGUUACAACCUCCUCUCCAGCAUCACGCCCACUGCCUUCUCCCGCCUGCGCUACCUGGAGUCACUUGACCUCAGCCACAAUGGCCUGGCAGCCCUGCCGGCAGAGAUUUUCACCAGUUCCCCCUUGAGCGAUAUCAACCUGAGCCAUAACCGACUGCGAGAGGUCUCCAUAUCUGCCUUCACCACCCACAGCCAGGGCCGGGCACUGCAUGUGGACCUAUCCCACAAUCUUAUCCAUCGCCUGCUCCCCCAUCCAGCCCGGACCAGCCUACCCGCACCUACCAUUCAGAGCCUGAACCUGUCCUGGAAUCGGCUCCGAGCUGUGCCCGAUCUCCGAGACCUACCCCUGCGUUACCUGAGCCUGGAUGGGAACCCUCUGGCUACCAUCAACCCAGGUGCCUUCAUGGGGCUGGCAGGCCUCACCCACCUGUCACUGGCCAGCCUGCAGGGUAUCCUCCAACUACCACCCCAUGGCUUCCGGGAGCUCCCGGGCCUUCAGGUCCUGGACUUGUCAGGCAACCCCAAGCUCAAGUGGGCAGGAGCCGAGGUGUUUUCAGGCCUGGCUUUGCUGCAAGAACUAGACCUGUCGGGCUCCAGCUUGGUGCCCCUGCCUGAGAUUCUGCUACAUCACCUCCCUGCUUUACAAAGUGUCAGCGUAGGCCAGGAUGUGCAGUGCCGGCGCCUGGUGCGGGAGGGCGCCUACCACCGGCAGCCUGGCUCCAGCCCUAAGGUAGUCCUACACUGUGGAGACACCCAGGAAUCUGCUGCCAGGGGCCCAGACAUCUUGUGACGAAUAGUGUGGCCUGAGGCCACUUCACAGACUGUUGUUGUGGGCUUGCUCAGGUCCCCACCAAUAUUUUAAUGUGCCAAUGCCUGUGGAGAGUCUACAGACCUAAGUGGCGGCCAUCUCAGUAAAGAUAUGGGCCAAGGAUAGUUUUCGUACCCGGGGCCUAUACCAGAUAACAAAAUCUGCCCACUUGUCGCAGUGGCUCACCUCCCAGAACUAUGAGCAAAGGGACUUCGAUGCCAAACCAGACUUUGGUCCCUUCCUGAGCCCUGCCCCAGUUGUCCCUAAGUGCCUUCCCUUUUGCCUGGACUGACCUGACCCGUGAUGUGUGGACCGUAAGUGAGCACCAGCACUGCAGAGCUGACUCAGGUCCGCUGGGCUGAAGGUCCCUUUGAGCCCAGUGUCUAGUCACACCUUUUUGCUAUGGGCCCAUGAGGCCUACCUAUUUCUUCCUUUUCUCAUGGAAUCCUGGGUAGAAUCUUCAGGAUAGAAGGACCUAGAGAGAAAAAUAAAUCCACCCUCCUUUUGGGGCAGAUGGUAAUAUGGGACCAAGAGCAGCAAACAUGCUCACCUGGGGGCUUGGAGAGGAGCCCAGCCUCCUGCUGAGGUUGGGGGCUCUGUCAUCCUUCUCCUACUGGGUACCCGGUUACCAUUCAUUGUCUGUGCUGUUUCCCAUUGUGCCCAGCAGUAGCAACAACAAGGUCACAGAGGUGAGGACCCUAGGUCCAGUGGCCAGCUUAUGAACAAAGGCAGUCCCCCUUCCAGAGCCUCAGGAAGCUUGGAACACCUCAGUCUCAAGCCUGUCAGUUUCUCAUUCUGAGAUGGGAGUCCCCCAGCAUCAAGACUGGAAACAUACGUACUUCCCCCAGGGACACAGUCUUAAGAUGCUUUCCCUAAGAAGUCAAUGCAGUUGUGGCCAUCUAGCCAUGAGCUCCAAGGGACUCGUGGACUUGAUGUCCAUGGGCCAGAGCCCAGAGACCCAUUUCACCCUCCAGGGAGUGGGGCAGAAGGCUCUCCCAUGCACAUUGUGCUCACCCCCAGGGCCACAGCUCAGCUCUCCAGCCCUGGAUUCUUUCCUCUGUUUUCACUUUAUGAGUCGUUGUCUUUUUUAAAAUGAACUGUCUGUCACUUUUAACCCCCACCUCUGCUGGUCGGGGGAUGGAAAGGAAGAUAAAUGUAUUUGUUCACUUUUGCAAGACUCCCUUCUGGUUGUGGACUGGGGGGUCUUGGGAAGAAGCCGGCUAUCAGUGACCAUGUGGGCAUUGGGGCUGGUCCCAGAGAUGCUCGAAGGUCAGUGAGAGCUGUCUUCUCCUACUAGCCCAGCCCAGCCCACCCUGUGACUGGUCCUUGGUUUAAUAAACACAUGUUAAGAGCUCUUUCCAUCAUUGAA